AUGACCUCCUCAACCACCACACCCGUCCCCUCCUCCGCCAACGACCUCCACAAACCCCGCAUCCUCUGCCUCCACGGCGGCGGCGUCACCGCUGAAGUCUUCCGCGCCCAAGCCCGCUCCCUGAUCAAGAACCUCCCGGACUUCCGUCUCGUCUUCGCCGACGGGCCCUUCUUCUGCAACCCCGGGCCUGGAAUCGUCCCCGUAUAUCAAGACUGUGGCCCGUUCCGCCGCUGGCUGCGCUGGCUCCCCGAACACCCGGAGAUCGACGACGAGAGCGCCAUUGAAGAGGUGCGGUAUUCGAUCCAGACAUGCAAGGAUGAAGACGAAGGUGACGGGCCGUGGGUGGGCUUGAUGGGGUUCUCACAGGGCGCAAAGCUGGCGAGUUCACUAUUGUAUGAGCAGCAGAUUCACGUGGAGAAGGAGGGUAAGGCGGAGACGGAUUAUAAGUUUGCGGUCAUGUUGGCGGGGAGGUCGCCGAUUGUGUCGUUUUCGGAUUAUACCAAGCAUCCGGCGUGUGUGCGGCCAGGGGCGGUCAGUGAGGGGUUUCACUAUGAGGGCGAGAGUCCACAUGUGUUGAGAAUACCGACGAUUCAUGUGCAUGGGUUGAAUGAUCCGGGGUUGCACUUGCAUAGGAAGAUGUUGAAGCAGUAUCACGAUCCGAAGACGUCGACGUUACUGGAGUGGGACGGGACGCAUCGAGUGCCGAUCAAGAAGACGGAUGUCGAGCCGAUUUGUAAUGAAAUCUACCGCGUUGCAAGAGAACAGGGCGUGAAGUUUGUGGAGUGA